UCAAAACAUGGACUUACGACAAAAUUGGACAAAAUAAAUACCCGGUGAAGAUUUUAUACUUGUUUGUUGUGAAUUUUAAAUAGUUAUCGCAUUUACUCGUUGAUGAUAAGUUAGUUGAUGUAUCAAGGUGAAUGCGUUCAAAAUGUUGUUUAGAACUUGUGAAAUAUGUAAACUAAGAUCUGGGCGAAAAUGUGGUGAAAAGAGAAUGUUUAUGUCUCGAUUUCCUCUAAAUGAAGAGCGAUGUAAACAAUGGGUUAAAGCUACCGGUAACGAAGAUUUGGUAUAUGUACCCAUAGAAAAGUUACAUGAGUUAAAAUUUGUAUGUGGAAAACAUUUCAAUGCAAAGGACUUCAAUAAAAAGGGAACACGGUUAAAAAGAUUUGCGAUACCAUCAUUAUAUUUAAAAGAUCCUCUAACUGAUAAAAUAAUGCAAGAUUUCCCACUUCAUAUUGCUAAAAGUUCAGAUGUAAACAAUGGGUUAAGAUGACCGGUAAGGAGGAUCUGGCCUAUGUGCCUAUUGAAAAGCUACACCAACUUAAACAAAUUUGUGGCAAGCAUUUUCUACCACAACAUUUUAAGAAAAAGGGAACACAAUUGAAAAAAAUAUCAAUUCCUUGUGUGGGACUUACUGCAGAGCCAUUGGCAGAUGAGCUCUUGAUUGGAUUUCCACUACAUGUAGAGAAAACCAUAACUUCUGAUCCUAUUAUUGAAAUAACAGAGCCAUCUUGUGAUAUAUCUACUGAACAUAAUUACUGCACUCCUAAGAUUGAUGAAUGUGAAACAAGUCCAGUAUGUGAUACAGAAGACUCGAGGGCAGACCCGUUGCACGACCAGUCUGAGGAAGGAGAGCAGAAGCCGGACAUCGACGAACUUGAUGCUAAGACGGAUGCUGUUAAAGAUGCUCCAGCAGAAAACAUGGCAAAAGUGAGCAGGGUGGAUGACCUAGAGCAGUGCUGCCAUCUCUGUCUGUCUCGGGAAGGCUCACUGGCGCCGCUACGGGGCUCGGGACUUGAGGAAAUGUUGAUGGAUCUCUUCAGUUUGGAGGUGCGGGCGGGCGACGUGCCGGCGCAGGCGUGCGGCGACUGCGCGGCGCGCGUGUCCUCCGCGCACUCCCUGCAGCGCACCGUGCGCGCCGCGACCCGGCACCUGGCGCGCCUGCUGCAGGGUCAAUGUACUGACGGGUCACAAAAUGAAAUCACAGAACCGACACAAAAUGAGCAACACGCGAUGGAAGAUGUUCAAGAUACUCUACAGAGGUCUGAUAAUUUAUCCGAUGACGAUUCACUGCCUGAGUUACCAUUUGAAUUUGAAAAGGCAAAGCAUUUUUGCACUUUAUGCAACGAGAAAUUUAAAACAAUGGCGAAGCUGAACAAGCACCGUCAUGAGGUGCACGGGCGCGUCGAGGAGCCCUACGUGUGCCGCUACUGCGGGAAGGUGCUAAGUCGCAGUUCUAUUUUCAAACACGAAAGACGACACUUGAAAAGAGAAGGGGUACUUCCCAUGGACUACGAGUGUAAAAUGUGUGGCGGCGGGUUUAUGGUGAAGGCGUUCUGGCUGCGCCACCUGCGGGUGCAGCACGGGGGCCAGCGCCGCCCCGCCUGCGCCCCGUGCCAGCGCCGCUUCUCCACCCGCGACUCUUACUUCAAUCAUCUGAAGGAAGAACAUGGCGAUACGACUCCUUAUAGAUGUUCUCUAUGUCACAGAGCUUUUGAAGAAAAAGAUAGGUAUGAAAAUCACAUGGCGAGUCGCCACUUCAACAAGAAUAGAGUAAGAAAAAGAAAAGCCCCGUUCAGAAAACAACAACAAAUGCGCCGUCUAACUAUGCAGUGUGAAGUGUGCGAAAGUCGAUUUGAUGAAAUUGCGAACUUACUGGAGCAUUACAAGACUGAGCACAACAUCACCGCCGUGGUGGCGGACGCGGGGGGCGGGGGGGAUGACGUCACACUGCCUACCGCUAGCGAACAAUUACCACCCGAAGAACCUGAAAAUGUUGAAUGUGAUAUGUUAUGGUAGUGAAUAGAAGUAUUCAAACUAA